AUGGCGAGCUCGGCCACGUACUCCGCGUCCGCUACCACCGUGGUGGCGAUGGCCAAGGGCAACGGCAACAGCAAGGGCGUCAGAGGCGGCGGCUCCGCGGGCACCAACAAGGUGACGCGGCCUCCUAGGAUUACAUCUAAUGUUAAGCAGAACUUGAGCAUUCUAAAAUUUUGGAAGGAAUUUGAAAGGAGGCAAACAAGUGGACCUCAGCCUGCUACUAGGUACCGCAAAAAGAAAGUAAUAAAAGAAGUGCUUCCUGAUGACACAGACUUCUACGAGGACCCUUCUUCCACUCUUCACUUGACAAAUGAGGGUUUGGAAAUUGCUUCACCAGUUAUUCUUGUGGAUGGCUACAAUGUAUGUGGCUACUGGGGAAAGCUUAAGAAGGAUUUCAUGAAUGGGAGACAAGAAAUUGCUAGACAAACGCUCAUUGAUGAACUGGUAUCUUUCAGUGCAGUAAGAGAGGUAAAAGUUGUAGUGGUAUUUGAUGCUGCCAAUUCAGGGCUUUCCACACAUAAGGAAACAUAUAAAGGGGUCGAUGUUGUAUAUUCUGCCGACUUAUCUGCUGAUUCUUGGAUUGAGAAGGAGGUCGAAGCUUUGGUGGCAGAUGGCUGCCCGAAAGUGUGGGUAGUGACAUCCGAUGCACUGGAGCAACAAUUAGCGCAUGGAGAAGGUGCUCUUAUCUGGAGCUCUAAAAGAUUGGUCAAAGAGAUAAAAGAAUCGGAAAAGGAACUCGAUCUAGAGCUGAAGGAAACCAGGUCCACGUCGUUGCAAGGAAAACUCCUGCAGCACAAGCUGAAUCCAAAAGUAGUACACGCACUAAAAGGUCUUAGGAAUAAGCUUGAAGAACAAGAGCGGAGAAAGAAGUGA